AUGCCUCUCACUCGUGUGAACAAGUUCGCUGAAUUAACAUAUCAUCUCCUAAAAUCUAACCUUGGGGCUGGAGUCCUUCUAUACCUAUCGGCCGCUUGCAUUCGGCUACUACCGCCACCAGACUUGUCAGCGUUCACCGUCUUCACCAAAAUCUUCUGUAUCUCAGUUAGCCACCAAUACUGCUGGGACAUAGUUAACCAGCUUACCUCUGUUGACGAAGACCGCAUCAAUAAGCCAGAAAGACCAAUCCCAGCCGGCCGUCUGACCGUUACUGGAGCAAAAUGGAGGUGGCUUAUCAGCUGGACUGUCUCUCCUGCUAUCUGCUACACCAUUCUUGGCGGCGGAGCCUUGAUCAUAUUUAUCUUGUCUGAGGCAUUGAUCUACAUAUGCUACGUAUGGCCCAGGCUUGAUCACUGGACAUCUCGCAACACUUUCCCAGCCCUUUGGACAUUCCUUUCAUUCCGCCUUUUGAACUGCGUUGUCUGCGAAACAUACCCACAACUGUCGGCACAGCCAAUGGUGGAUGUGAUUCUCUCGCUAUGGGUUCUCGGAACUAUUCACAUUCAGGAAUUCCAUGAUGUCGAUGGCGAUCGGAAAAUGAGGCGCAAGACACUUCCUGUGAUUUUUUCAGAUGCAUCCUCCAUGAAGAUGCUGAGGGGCAUCACGGCUGGUUUGAUUGCUGUUAAUGGAUUACUUGUGAUCCUUUGGGGAUGGAUAAAGUGCCUUACGUCAUUCGACUUGAUGAGUGCUGGCCUGGUGCUUACGGGGAUGUUCCAUGUUCUUGGAGCGCUCGCUGUUGGUGUUCGUUGUGUUUAUGGGAAGUCGGCAGAUAUGGAUGAGAGGACAAACAACGCUGUGACGGCGCCUCGCCCUGCUCUCGUUGCGCACGUAUGCUUUACGCUUCUACUUCUCUGGGUGGUAAUAUAUGCUGACCAACUAGGUCUGGGCCACAUCUGUGAGCCUCAACAGCCCGGAAGACCUGCAUCUGAGGUCCCUUCGCUAGCUUAUCGCAGACCUAGGGCUUCCCGAUCGCGCGGUGGAUGUACCUCCUGCAAGGCGCGGGAGCGAUCUCCAUCGCCAGCCCUCGCCUCUCCGCAGCCGUCGCCUACGUCUCCCUCUUCCGAACCUGCUCAUGGAACUAUCCUAUCUUCCGUUUCGGAUCUAGUCCCAGAGCUUGAUCCGAUAUCCCCUUCCGAGAACAUAUUAUCAUCCGUUAGUGAUGAUCCGCUAUCUCCAUUCUCGCCUCUUUGGCUCGAUGUGGAGAUGAUCCUCGGACCCAUUCAGUCCCCAGAUGGCGCUUUCAACCCCUAUCUCCACAAUGACGACGACCGUAGCCUAUUCAAUCACUAUGUACAUAUCGUUUCACGAGCUCUAUCACGUUCCACGACUACUGAAUCCAACAACCCAUUUCUAGCGACUCUGCUUCCCAUGGCCGCCGCAUCGGAGACGCUAACCAGCGUCAUACUGGGCCUUAGUGGCUGCCACUGGCGGCGCAUCUAUCCUCAAAUAUGGGACCGUGCCCUGGCGCGUCAGGGACGAGCCUUGGCACAGGUGAGCAACCUACUCCGUCGGCCGAACCAAAGUCGCCAAUCUUUCCUCGAGGCCUGCGCCACAAUUUUCCUCCUCUGCCUCACAGAGCUAUUCGAGGGCACCUCUCGUGUCUGGAAAUGGCAUCUCAAAGCCGCAGGAAAUCUUCUCAGUACUGCGGCAGGUACCACAGAUCGCCACUGCCUCGCAUCAACCCCUGAAGGGACCUUUUGUCUCCAACUCUUCCACUACCUUGACGCCAUGUCCACCAUAUCGAGAUGUAAACCCCCGUUGUUACGUGCAGGUGAGCGACUUACGGACCUUACCUCAUCAACUUCCUGCUCUUCCCUCCCAGUACCCCUCGGCGACAAUUCUAUCUCCGGGAUCCCUCCACCCCUACUAGAAUAUCUCGGCCGGGUCAACCUCCUCGCCGCCCACCGCAGCCGACGUGUCGAUGACCUCUCCGAAAUCGGGUUCCGAACAGCCGCUGCGCACGUGCGCGCACAACUUGAUACCUGGCGCCUUGAGUACGAGGCAACCAGCACUGCUCUGACGAACAGUGAUGUGGACAGAGCAACAACAGCUUUCGAAUGGGCCGUCCGAUUACGACUACAUCAGAUCGUGGACGGAUAUGAUCCGCACCAUGCGGACGUCGAGAAUGCCCUCUCUCGUAUUGUGACGGCCGUGUUGGCGAUCCCUUAUGGUAGUCCCGUGGAAGGUACUCUGUUGUUUCCGUUGGUGAUUGCUGGCGCCAGCUGUAGGGAUAAUAUGGAGCGCAGGAUGGUUGUUAAGGAACGGUUGAUGGUGAUGGAGAAUACGUUGGGGUUUGGGCAUAUUUCGCAUGCGAGACGGUUGCUAGAGACGGUUUGGGCUGAUGAAGGAGGGGAUGGGAAUUGGGCGAGAAUUAGGUAUAGUAUGUUUCCGGGGGUGGUGUUUGUUUAG